AUGGCUAACGUUAAGGAUGACACACAACCGGAAAGUAUAAGAAAAAUGUUUAGCUGGAGCAGCGGAUUACCCAGAGAGGGUACGCCAGGAGGUGGUUACACCAACCCGUCAAUAGAAACGAUUCUAAACUCUGAAUCAACCAUGGACAGUAACGUGAUAGCACCAGGGGUGGUGCUCUCAGCUCCAGGAUUAAACAACCCUGCUUGGAACCGCCAGCAGGCCGUCAGCGUAAGACAUGCCUUCAAAACUUACGGCAGCAGCAAAAACCCAAAUCCUGUUCUUCAGAACUUGAGCAUGACAGUCGCCAAAGGAUCAAUCUACGGCCUUCUGGGAGCCAGUGGCUGUGGGAAGACUACCUUGCUGUCCUGCAUCGUUGGAAGAAGACGACUCAAUUCUGGGGAAAUAUUCGUCCUUGGGGGGAAACCCGGGACCAGAGGCUCCGGAGUUCCUGGAAAACAGGUCGGAUACAUGCCCCAGGAGAUUGCUUUGUACGGGGAAUUUUCUAUUCGAGAAACUAUGAUGUACUUUGGGUGGAUCUUCGGCAUGGAUACCAAUGAAAUUGUAGAGAGAUUGAGGUUCCUUCUUCAGUUUCUUGACUUGCCUUCGCAAAACCGGCUCGUCAAAAAUCUCAGUGGCGGACAGCAGAGACGAGUCUCCUUCGCCGUGGCACUUAUGCAUGAUCCUGAACUGUUGAUCCUAGAUGAACCGACGGUCGGUGUCGAUCCACUAUUAAGACAAAGUAUUUGGAAUCAUUUGGUGCAAAUCACUAAAGAUGGAAACAAAACAGUCAUCAUUACAACGCACUAUAUUGAGGAAGCACGGCAAGCCCACACGAUUGGUCUCAUGCGAAGCGGAAGACUAUUGGCCGAAGAAUCACCAAGAGCUUUGUUGACAAUGUAUAAUUGUGCAUCUCUGGAAGAUGUUUUUCUCAAAUUAUCAAGGAAACAAGGUCAAAGCACUCAACCUACCACGGAAUUAAACAUCUCUAAUAAUAUUAGCAUGGCUUCCUUAAACUGGGGUAAAAAGGACGAACCAGUUUAUGUCACUGAAGAGUCUGGAGUGGUAGGCUUGAAUUUUCAUCAAAGUAAAGAAGUUCUUAUUCAUGAUACUACUAAUGGCGUUGGCAGUCAUUAUGAUCUUAAUGGAAAACCAUUGCCAGGAGUCAAAAGUAACCCAGUAAAACGUUCAAAAUGUUGUAGACCAAUAAGUUGCAAUUUUACAACUAGAGGAAAAAUGAGAGCGCUGCUCCAAAAAAAUUUCCUUCGUAUGUGGAGAAAUGUCGGGGUGAUGCUGUUUAUCUUCGCAUUACCGGUGAUGCAGGUAAUAUUAUUUUGUCUUGCCAUCGGGCGAGAUCCAACUGAUCUCAGAUUAGCAAUAGUAAACCACGAGAUGGAUUGGGAGAACCAAACCUGUGACAUAAGAUCUGGAUGUAUGGAGGGUAAAUUAAGUUGUCGGUAUUUAGAAUUUCUGUCUAAUAAAACUAUCAUAAAGGAGUAUUACGAGUAUCCAGAAGAAGCUUUAGAAGCAGUAAAAUUAGGAAACGCCUGGGGAGCUUUGUACUUCACAGAGAACUUUACGGAGUCGCUUGUAGCUCGAAUGGGUCUCGGGCAAACAGUGGAUAACGAUACAUUGGAUCAAAGUGAAAUUCGCGUUUGGCUUGAUAUGUCAAAUCAACAAAUUGGGCUGAUGCUGGCACGGAAUCUUCAAUACACCUACCGAGACUUCGCCAAAUCACUGCUCAGAGAGUGUGAUUACAACGAGAAGCUAGCUGACGUCCCGAUACAAUUUUCUGACCCAAUCUACGGAAGUAACGACCCGAGUUUCACCGAUUUCGUCGCUCCUGGCGUAAUUCUCACAAUUGUAUUUUUCUUGGCGGUCGCUUUGACAUCCUCGUCGCUGAUAAUCGAGCGGCUGGAAGGCUUGCUGGAUAGAAGCUGGGUCGCAGGAGUGACGCCUGGAGAAAUUCUCUUUUCUCAUGUUGUUACACAAUUCGUGGUAAUGUGUGGCCAGACAGCGCUCGUACUCAUAUUUAUGAUUCUUGUCUUUGGAGUCGAGUGUAAUGGCGACAUUGGUUGGGUAAUCAUACUAACUAUUCUUCAAGGUCUCUGUGGCAUGUGUUUCGGAUUCGUUAUAUCGGCUAUUUGCGAACUUGAAAGGAAUGCCAUUCAAUUGGCGUUAGGUAGCUUUUAUCCGACACUUUUGCUCAGUGGUGUUAUUUGGCCAGUCGAAGGAAUGCCAACAGUAUUACGAUAUAUAUCCCACGGUUUACCAUUGACCAUGGCAACGACGUCGCUAAGAUCAAUGUUGACAAGAGGAUGGACGAUAAUAGAGCCAGAUGUUUACAAAGGCUUUAUUUCGACGGUGAUAUGGAUUGCCAUAUUUUUAACCAUCAGUAUGCUGGUCCUAAAGUUUAAACGUGGUUAG